CUGCAGAUCCGCCAUAUUGUCUGCUGAAGCUGCCGCCGAAGCUGCCGCCGCUGCCGCCGCCAAGUAGGAGCGAGCGGAGCCGCGAUGGAGACCAUGGCGAGCCCAGGGAAAGACAAUUAUCGAAUGAAGAGCUAUAAGAACAAUGCCCUAAACCCUGAGGAAAUGAGGCGAAGAAGAGAGGAGGAGGGCAUUCAGCUCCGGAAGCAGAAACGGGAGCAACAACUUUUUAAACGGAGAAAUGUGGAGCUGAUUAAUGAAGAAGCCGCCAUGUUCGAUAGUCUCCUCAUGGACUCCUAUGUGAGCUCUACCACUGGGGAGAGCGUGAUCACAAGAGAGAUGGUGGAGAUGCUCUUUUCUGAUGAUUCUGACCUGCAGUUAGCAACCACACAGAAAUUCCGGAAACUGCUCUCCAAAGAACCUAGUCCUCCAAUAGAUGAAGUUAUCAAUACUCCAGGAGUGGUGGAUCGGUUUGUGGAGUUUCUGAAGAGGAAUGAGAAUUGUACAUUACAGUUUGAAGCUGCCUGGGCUCUAACAAACAUUGCCUCUGGAACCUCUCAGCAGACCAAAAUUGUCAUUGAAGCAGGGGCUGUCCCCAUUUUUAUAGAGCUGCUUAACUCGGACUUUGAGGAUGUACAGGAACAGGCAGUCUGGGCACUGGGAAACAUAGCUGGAGACAGCUCCGUUUGCCGAGAUUACGUCUUGAACUGUUCCAUCCUUAAUCCUUUGCUAACGCUGCUUACCAAGUCCACACGACUGACAAUGACACGGAAUGCAGUCUGGGCCCUGUCAAACCUGUGCCGAGGCAAGAACCCACCCCCAGAGUUUGCAAAGGUCUCCCCCUGUUUGCCUGUACUGUCUCGCCUACUCUUCAGCAGCGACUCAGACUUGCUGGCAGAUGCUUGCUGGGCCCUUUCUUAUCUGUCUGAUGGCCCCAACGAGAAGAUCCAGGCAGUCAUAGACUCUGGAGUCUGCCGGAGAUUGGUUGAGCUUCUAAUGCACAACGAUAACAAAGUGGCUUCUCCUGCUCUGAGAGCUGUGGGUAACAUCGUCACCGGGGAUGACAUCCAGACCCAGGUCAUUCUUAACUGUUCAGCCCUCCCUUGCCUCCUCCACUUGCUGAGCAGCUCCAAGGAGUCAAUCCGAAAGGAAGCUUGUUGGACCAUUUCAAAUAUCACUGCUGGCAACAGGGCUCAGAUACAGGCUGUCAUAGAUGCAAAUAUCUUCCCUGUGUUGAUUGAAAUCCUUCAGAAAGCAGAGUUCCGUACAAGGAAAGAGGCAGCCUGGGCCAUCACCAAUGCCACCUCAGGAGGAACCCCUGAACAAAUCAGGUACCUGGUCUCCCUGGGCUGCAUCAAACCCCUGUGCGACUUGCUGACUGUGAUGGAUUCAAAGAUCGUGCAAGUCGCCCUCAAUGGACUGGAGAACAUCCUUCGGCUCGGAGAGCAAGAGGGCAAGCGCAGUGGCUCAGGGGUCAAUCCCUACUGUGGCCUCAUCGAGGAAGCCUAUGGCUUGGAUAAAAUUGAGUUUCUCCAGAGCCAUGAGAACCAGGAGAUCUACCAGAAGGCCUUUGACCUCAUUGAGCACUACUUUGGCGUAGAAGAUGAUGAUAGCAGCCUGGCUCCCCAAGUGGAUGAAACGCAACAGCAGUUUAUCUUCCAGCAGCCUGAGGCCCCCAUGGAGGGCUUCCAGCUAUAAUGUCUGCCUCCGGGGAGGGGAGGGGAUGGGAAGCACCACCAACCAGCGGAAAAGCAGCCCUCUGGUGGGCGGGAAACCAGCCCCCCCACCAUCAGCCACCACACACCUCUGCUGCCCUGGAAACUGUGCUCUUGACCUGCUCCGCCCCCUUCCCUGGAGGGAGCACCCUCUGGACAGACAGAACCAUCUGAGGCUCACAUUUGGGUUUUGUGACAAGAAGGGGACGUGUUGGGUUUUUCUUCCUUACACUAGAUUUUGGCUGCACAUAUGUCUUUAACCCAGGAGCCCAGGGGUAGACAAAGGAGGACUGAGGUAAUCAAUUUUGCACCUUUUUUAUUUUUAUUUUUUUUCUUUAGUGGUGACUUCCUUCCGUUUUAUCUUCCUUCAUCCUUCCCAGUCCUCUGCCCUGAUCUCUGUAACUCUUAUCUUGGGUACUUGAGCAGAUGGAAUAUUCCACACGUCAGGGGUGGGAGGGGAGGGGAGAAAUCCAAAACAAAGUGUUCUUGCUCGGACAGAAUAUUAAUCUUGUAUGCUUGGAUUGCAUUAUUUAAUUUUUUUUUCUUUUGCACAUUUUUCUUGUAUUACGAUUGCUCUUUCCCAGAGCCAUGAGUUCCUGGUUUUAGGAAUCCCAGCUGCCAGCAUUGUCUGGGACUAGAGACUGAGGGGGAGGUCACCAUGAGACAAAGGCCCCUCCCUCCCUUUAACCCCUUGCCCAGACCUCUUUAGUUUGGGAGAUACCCUUCACUCUCCUGGGGCACGUACACCAGUGGGAGUGAGGGGAGAGGAACACAGGUCUUCAGACGGGGCUUCCCAUGUGUCGCUACUGAUCCCAUGUUUCCUACCCACCUUGCAAUGGUGCGACCCAACUUCAUUUGUUUACUUGAAAAUUCCCCUCAGAGUUGAGAUGAACCUCUGAGGUAGCUGUAUUUUCUCCUAAGCACGUGACAGAGGGCUGUGGUCCUUCCUUUCUCCUGAGGAGAAAGUCCUUGCUCUGGUGACCCAUAAGUUGCAGAGGAGGUUGGAGUGAGAGUGUCAUGUAUUGGGAUAGCCAGUGGAUCCCUGCCUUUGGCCUUUCUUCUUCUUCCUCUUCCGUAGUUGGAUCAUGUAUAUUUUACUUCCAAAGGAGAGAAUGUCAAAAAGUUCUGUAUUUUUUUAUAUUCUAUAUAUUACAUAGGUCAACCUUAAUUGGUCUCAAGAGGAAGAACUGUCUCUGUAAUUUCUGUGAGUAGGAUACUGUGAGGAAAACCAAAAAGAGAUGUGGAAGCUCUUUUGCUCAGGAAGCCUGACCUUGAUCCUUCUCUCUGCUUAGGUUCCGGGCCAUCACCAGGGACCAACCCUUAGCUCUGGAACCUUUAUAUAGCAGGGCAGCCUGGUCUGAUUGUCCUAGUACCUGAAUGGAGGGAGCAAGGAUGGCCCCGGGGCCCGGUGAAGUCUACCACUCUAGUCCUUACCACUGAGCAUCCUGCUUACAUCAGGAAACCCAGAAAGCAGUCUGCCUCCUCAGAUUCAGUCUCAAACGCCCUUGUCCACAUAAGUUAUCACAGAUGGCUGCCGUCUCCUAUCUGAGAAAUUUAGCAGCCUCAGGACUUUUUUUGAGAGUGAUUGAUGUCUUCCCUGAUUGGGAUCCUUGUACAUGGUUUGGAUUUUACCCUUCCUGUGACAAAUAUAAUCCUAAUGCCUUUUCUUUCCCCUUUGAGUAGAGCUACUGCAGUGCCUCAAUGGCUUGCCUGUGUGCUUCAAUGGAUUACAUGUGAUAGUAAAGCCCAGGUGUUGGGGGUGGGGUGGAGGAAGUUGUUGGCUAAGUGUAGGCCAGUGGUGGAGCUGAAGGCACAAUCUCUCUGUCCCUGCUUCCCCACAGAGGUCAGGCAGAGGUGCCCUGCUCCAAACUGUAUUUUCCCUUCCCCAGAAACAAUGCCAUUCUUGCUCCCAUUGCUACACAAACCCCCUCUGGCUCAGGUGAAAUCCAUGCCACUCUGCUUACAGAUAAAACGUUCAGUUGUUUUUGGCCACUGGUCUUGAAUUUGCCCUCUCUUGCCAGUGUUGAGAUCCAACUCCAGAGGCAUUUUCUGAGAAAGGUGGUUGGGGCUGGUGGCUAUCACUGAAAAGUGACACCAGUGCUGUACCGCCUAAGUGAGUCAGAUGCUGCUCUGCAGGUUGGCCAUGAUAACUACCAACCCCACUCUCCCAGGUAGGCAAGGCGCAGGACCCUCUUCACUUGGCCUGCCGACUCCAUUACAAAACCAUUUUCCUACAGUUCAGAAGAAAGCCACCCCCCACCCCUUGUCCUUGUCCAAAGGGCAGAGCAUUUUAUUUUAGUAAGAUCUACUUUGUACAUCUCUAGCAAUAAUUAAGUCCCUGACAUUGGGGCCAAAUUCUUAUUGUGAGACAUACACAUCCUGCCUUCCCCAGCUGUUCCUCCCAAAUCUACUUCUGCUUCAGAUCUGGGCCAUGCACCAAAGAGAAGACUCUAUUGAUCAUGGGCUACUGCUCGAAGCCUGUUUUCUACAAGGACUCCAAAGGCUGAAGUCUCCCAGGGCACGAGGACAAAUUUCUCUUCAGAUAAACAUGGCCUCUAGGAGCUUUCCUUUGUUAGUGUCUUCCUCAGACCGUGCUUUCCCAUUGUAUUCCUCUGACCCCCUUUUCAGUCAACAGGUGAAGUUCUUCCAGCCCACAGAGGCAGUAACAUCAUCUUUUGUGUCUCCUCCUCUCCUUUGGCCAUCUUGGGAAGCAAAAUAUUUCUUUUUAGCCCAGGCUUGACAGCCACUCUUCGUGGGCAGUCCCCAUCUGGACUCCAGACCCUGGCCUAGGUGAAGUCAGAGCUUUCUGACAGAUUUCUGAAUGGAUGUUACAGGGAUGGAGGGGCUCCCCAACCUGCUGUAGGGAGUAGCCUGAGAAGGCUUGUGUUUGGAAUCUUAAUACUUCGGCACAUAGCUAUGUCCAUUUUAAGAUUUCUGGUGGGUUGGAGAUACUUAGGUGUGGAUUAAGGGGACAAGGAGCCUUUUUCUUAGCUAAAGUGUUCAAAUACUGUUUUGAACAGUGCCAGCUAUUCUUUAUUGCCAGCCCUUCUGGGCAUCCCACCCCCAUGUCAUCUUCUCUAGUAUUAACAGGCUCUCUGGUCUUAGAAGCCUGCCUUCAGUUCUGAGCUAUCCCCGCUGACUUACUGGCCAUGGUAUUGACUGCAACCUUCUGUUAGAACCACAUAGGUUCCACCCUCACCUGGCCAGCCUAGUUACUUGAGGCAGUGGGUACAAAAGACCCAUGUAACAGGUGUUGAUGACUUCAGCUUUCAGGGACCCUUUGUGUUCCUCCUUACCUAGAACCUUUAGAUCUACUCCUGUUUUCUUUUCCCUGGAAGCCUCUUUCCAAGAGCCCUAUUUAGAGCUGAACUGCACAGAUUAUAGCUGCUACCACACUUAAGGAAGAGCAAAAGAAGGCUCUCAGGCACUGACCUUCAUUUUCUCUUAAGCCAAACCAGUUUAAUAUGAAAACUCUAGCAGAAUGAACUAGAUUUCAAUUUUCUCAUGUCUGCCUGCCCUCCCCCUACACUGUACAAUUAUCCAUUUCCAGCAAAAUAGAAGGGAAGGAGAUGAACGCCUAGCAAUACUUCCCUCCUCCUCCUCCCACAUGCCCUUCUUUGAAGGCCUCAGCUUAUUUGUUCAGGCCAUGUCUCUUCUCCCCAAGACUCACUCAGCUUGGUAUCCAUCAUCUUGAAUAUUCCUCAGUAGAUUCAUCUGUGGUCUUGGCUUCUGGAUUCUCAAUUGAAGGCAAGGAGCCAGAUUCUCCAGGUCCUCGCAGGCACUACAGGGACCCAUAGGGAGAAGAGGCUGGCUGGGGACCUCAGGAUUGUGUGUGCCUGUCUGCCUCCCUGGCAGGCUGGGGAAGGGUGCAAGGCUCAGUGCACUGAACCAUAGGAAAGCCUCACAACCAGUAGCAACAUCUUCCAGGUAGGACUAUCCUAGAAAUAAGUGCACGUGAGACUGAGAAAUUGCUCAGAGUAGGUUUUUUCCAUAGCCGUUUUAGGAUUGCACAUUUUAGACCAAUCUUGUCCAGUGUUUUUUCUGUCUUAACUUUUGUAUUUUUUUUGUUAAGCCAACAAGCUGAGAAUUUGGCCCUGCAGGGAUCCAUGUGGUAGGCAAUAGCUGCUCUUUGGCCAAGGCCUUCAUAAAGGAUUCAGUCAUCCCAUUGGCUGUUCCCUAGACCCACCCCCAGAUGAAGACCAUGGUAAGGGAAGAAUUUUGAGGUCAGUACAAACCAAGUAAGUCUGUUAAUUAAAGCUGUUUUCCUCUGAGGGCAUUUUGUAUCAGGCCUGGGCUACAUGCAGAAUCAAACCUGGCUGUGAGAAGAGGCACCAUUAAAUGUGGGGCCCAGAACAUCCCAGGAGAAAGGUUUGUGUAGUGUGUCAUAAAGGUCUUCAGUGCAUUUGGGUGCACCUCACUACUACUGGGCCAGCCUGACUGCUGAUGUCCACAUUAGCACAUUGCUGAACCCCUCCGCUAAACUCUAGCCCUGCUCCCCUAUGUAGGUCAGGUGUUCGGCCUCUGGGUUUGGGAAGAGAAAACUCUGCCAUAGCGACAAUCCUCAGGCCCUGGAGUUGGGUAUUGGCUCUUUUAGCCAGAUUUGUGGGACUUGCCUUUGAACCACUAAAGAAGCAAAGGGGGUAUGAGGUCCCAGUUACCCAAGACAGACCAGAUGUCCCUCAAAAACAGCUUGGGUUCCCAGCUAUAGACCCUAGGAAGGUGAAUCAAACCUUUUCCCUCACUAGUUUUUCUUUCCAAAUUUAUUUGCUUUUAAGAACUAUAAACUCUGGCUAUUGUUUUCCAUGUUCUCAGGGCCCCUGGGUAGACAGACAAAGCUUGAUGAUUUCAGAGCAGAUACAGGCCAAGAAACCAUGGCAUUGAGUGUGCUGAGUCCAGACAAAUGAUAUUUAUAUACACAUCCAAAUUUGAAGAGAAAAUGUAUUUCUUUAGGUUUCAAACACUGUAAUAGAUAUAAAGCAAAAAUAAAAACCUGUUGCAAAGUUCUAAAUCGUGUUCUUUGGAGUGAUCCUAGACUGGAUUUUUUGGAAGUCAAUGAAGUGAGGGUGCUUACACUUUUGACCUAACAGUGGAAUUAAGAAUUGUUACAGCCUGCUUCUGCUAUAA